AUGAAUGCUGUGGUCAUCCCGGAGCUCCGGACAACCUCCCGGUACCUCACCAAGGAGGAUGCCGGAGGCGGCUCAGGCCGGGAGCGGGCACAGCCCAGCCGGGACCUCCCCAGCCCAGGAAGGCCCUUGCCGAGGGGCUCAGCCCCACCGGGGCCAGCGCCCAGCACCGGGACGGAGCCUCCCCCGGCCCCCAGCGAGGCGGCAGAGCCUCGGGGCUCUCGGUCCCCGGGGAUUUCCUGGCACUGUGUCCCCCCCGGCCCGGUCCCGCUCUCCGGUCCUGCCGCGGGAGCCGGGCUCGCCCCCGCGAGGACCCGGACAAACCUCUGCCGUGCAGCCGGCAGCUGUCUCGACCCCCUCGGUCCGGCCGCCGCUGGCGGUGACGGGCUGGCUCUGUUCCGCCUGCCGGAGCCCAAUUAG